AUGCAGAACAACAAUAAGAGUAGCCAAGAAAAGAAUAACAACAACAACAACAGCAACAACAACAAUGACCCUCUCAUCAGCAAGAACAACGAGCUUCAAUCGACAGCGCCGCGUCGUUCCGGCGAUGGGCAUGGUGGUGUAGUUCCAGGAGAUGUUCACGGGUUGAAUCAUCUCAACAAUCGUGGACGACCCCACACAAAUCCCCCUUUUAGCGGUGACUUUUCGGGGGAUCUGGAUCCCUAUCAUCCUCUUGGUGGGGUUCGUCCCGCGGGGAAUCUCAUGGGCCCUGGUCACCCCCUGUUCUCGGAUGGUGAUCAUCAUUAUUUGGCAGUGAACAACAAUAACAAUAACCCCAAUGACGACUACCGAUCCGGAUUUGGCAUGCGGCCUCGGUUCGAUCCCUUUGGCCCUCCGGGUGGUCCCCAGCAAGUGGCGCCUCCUCCGGGGCGUGGUGACAAUAAUAAUAACAAUGAUGGUCGUGGACGUCAUUGUCCUGGAGAACCCAAUCCAGACCAUCUGGCACCUCCGGAUGAUCUAAGGAACAACGACUUUUCCUACUAA